UGUGGCGCUCACCCAUGAGCUCUUAAUGGCACAGAAAUACUCCCCAGCUGUAUGAACCGUGUGGGGCAUGUGAGAGAGCGUGGCCAAGAUGAGGCAGGGGUUCCCACUGAGGCAGUUUCUUUCUCCAUAGCCUCCACCAGUGCUGAUUUUAGGUUCUGGUUUUUAGUUACCUCUGUGUUCCCUCCUUCAUUCCUCUUCCAGACCCUUCUGCCAUCAGCUGAAUUGUUUAGCACUUUUCCCCGGCCUUUCUUCGUGGCCUCUGUGGAGGUGCUGCGUGGAAGUCCCGCGGUGACUUCCUGCCCAGUGGAGUUGAAACACCUGAGUCAGGUGGCGCCCCUCCUGGAAGAGAAGAUUCAUUCCCACCUGUGGCGGCAGGAUGUCUCUCCAGAGCCCCCCGCCCCCACCGUGUCUGGAUGACGAAUGGGGUUUUGAGCAGCCGAGGAAGGCCCUAGCGUUGGGUGGGCGUGGGGGACGGGAGGAACCAUUCUAGUGAGUUGGACUUUGAGUUUUGUGUUUUGAAUUUUAUUGGAGCGUGGUCUUAGAGCCCAGAAGUGACCAAAGACAGUGUCCGGGGGGAGGAGAACGGGGCAGUGAGGACUGGAAGAUGUGGAGAGGGCUCGAGGGAAACCGUAACUGUGACAGCCGCCGGCACGUGGCGGCGCUGCAGGGACACUGAGCUGCACUUCGUGGGCUGUGUGCUUGCGGCCACUGGGGUGAUUGUGGGGAGGUGACUGAAAUGUGCACAUAACCAGGUGUGGAAAAUAGGUUUAUUUGCGAUGGUUCGAAAUGGGCAGAGGACAAUUCGGUAGAACAUGGCAGUGUCGGAGAUGUAUGCAGUGUGACGCCAAGUUUGACUUUCUCACCAGAAAGCACCACUGUCGCCGCUGCGGGAAGUGCUUCUGCACCAAGUGCUGCAGCCAGAAGGUGCCCCUGCGGCGCAUGUGCUUCGUGGACCCCGUGCGGCAGUGCGCCGAGUGUGCCCUGGUGUCCCACAAGGAGGCGGAGUUCUACGACAAGCAGCUCAAAGUGCUCCUGAGCGGAGCCACCUUCCUCGUCACUUUUGGAAACUCAGAGAAAUCUGAAACUAUGAUUUGUCGUCUUUCCAAUAACCAGAGAUACCUGUUUCUGGAUGGAGACAGCCACUAUGAAAUCGAAAUUGCGCACAUUUCCACCGUGCAGAUCCUCACAGAAGGCUUCCCUCCUGGAGAAAAAGACACUCACGCUUACACCAGCCUCCUGGGGAACCAGCCUGUCUUUGAAGGGAGACGAGCUGUGACCCUGAGCAUCUGCGUGGCCUAUCGGUGGCCAGGGCACUCUCGAAGUAGCCUCCACUCUUCCCCAGCCCUGGGCGCAGGAGGCAACGCACGGGCUACAGGCAUGUUCCUGCAGUAUAUGGUGCCAGGGACGGAGGGUGUGACCCAGCUGAAGCUGACAGCGGCGGAGGACGCGAAUGUGGGCAGGAGGCAGGCGGUGGCGUGGCUUGUGGCCAUGCACAAGGCUGCCAAGCUCCUCUACGAAUCUCGGGACCAGUAACUCUCCGUGGGGCUGAGCUUGGAGUGCAUGCGGUCACCAGGACCGAGUCGCUUGAAACAGCAGCCUGCUCCUUGCGCACCACAGGGAUUAAUCCUGCUUGUGCUGGGAAAUGCAGCUCACCUAUUUGGAGAAACAAGUGUUCACUUAUCUAGUGCAAUAUGGUCACAGUCUAUUAAUGCUUUAAACAGCUUCAUGUUUUAGAAUUUGUGUAUUGUCAAUACUUAAUUGGGGGUGGGAGAGACUGAGCUACACUACUGCUGAACUAUUUUUAGCAUAAUAUAUACCAUUUCUGUGAGUUCCCAGGUUUACUAGGAGUUCUGGCCCGUCAGUGUUCAUUUCAUUAAUUCUUCACGGAAACAGUUCGGGUAGUAGGAGCUCAGGCCUCUGACCUGCAGCGGAGCCUGCUCGCCGGCACUAGCCAGUUUACAGCACUUGCCUUAGCCUGCUUUACAGACUGGCCACUUACCUUGUCACUAAUUUGGGCUAUGAGUGAUCCUUUGAUACUUCACUAAGGGGAACGUGAGAGCUUUGUUUUGUACUUUUCACUCACUAUUUCACUUUAUUAAGAUGACUGUACAGCAAUUUGUAUAUGAAGCUUAUGAUUAAAACCUAUUUUGAACAUA